AUUGUGGUGGGCGCGGGCUAUGGAGGUCUUACCAGCGCCAUCGAACUAAGGAGGAAAGGCGUCAACGUCAUGGUAUUCGAGAGCACUAAGGCGCUCACCGAGCAAGGCGACACCAUUCAAAUGCCCUCAAAUGUUACCAAGAUCCUGGCGAAAUGGGGUAAUGUAUUAGAAAAGAUUGCCGAAGACUCAGCGCGACCCAAAUCCUUGGAGUUGCAGGACUCCCACGGCAGCCUCAUUCUCAAGCAGAAGUUACCUGGGGAGUAUGACGGUUUUCCAAUUCUCUACCCAAGCCGUGGCAGGGCACACAAGCUCAUUUACGAUUAUGCUGCAUCCAUCGGCGUGCAGGUCAAGUUCGGGACUCGAGUUACCCAGUUUUUCGAGAAUGAACACGAAGCUGGUGUCUAUGUGGGCGACGAGAAGAUCACGGCAGAUGCUGUGAUUGCAGCCGACGGCGUUCACAGCAAAGCAAGGGCCCUGAUCUUGAAGAAUCCCGAGAACUCAAGAUCGAGCGGGUUUGCAGCCUAUCGUUGUUGGUUUCCUGUCGCUGCGUUGCCGAAGAACCCUUUAUUGGACGACAUCAUAAACGCAAAGGAGGACCGAUACUGGGUGUGGAUCGGCCCAGAUGUACAUGCUCUUGUCAUGACCAACGUAAAGUUGCAAUGGCUGGCAUGUUUUUGCACGCACAAGGACACCUACACGGUGGAAGAGUCAUGGAGUUUACCAGGCCGCAAAGAAGAUCUCCUCAACGUUGUUGACGGAUGGGAUGAGAAAUUGCGAGCCAUUUUCGACGCAAUACCCGCUGACAAAUUGAUUGACU